CCCGUGCCAACAUGCCUCUCGCGAAAGAUCUCCUGCACCCCUCUCCUGAGGAGGAGAAGCGGAAACACAAGAAGCGUCUGGUGCAGAGUCCAAACUCGUAUUUCAUGGAUGUAAAGUGCCUGGGCUGCUAUAAAAUCACCACUGUCUUCAGCCACGCACAAACGUUGGUUCUCUGUGUCAGAUGCUCCACUGUACUUUGUCAGCCUACAGGAGGAAAGGCAAGACUUACAGAAGGAUGCUCCUUCAGAAGGAAGCAGCAUUAAUGACUGAAUCAAGAUGAAUGAGGAAGUGUAAAGAAUAAAACAAAUUUGGUACAAAAAAAAAAA